CGAUAAGACAUUUUAUAUUUUUUCGCUAUACGAGCGUACACCAUCGAGCCAUGAUGAAUUGUGCGCCAAGGAAAGCUCUCAAGGUUUGGUCGACUUUUCAAUUGAGUGGUUUAAUGUUGAGUCAAAUCAACAUUGACAACUACCUUAUUUCAUAAUUUAGGUAGAACAUAAGUUAGGCAUACCUUAUUUCAUAAAUAUAUGUUAAAUUUCAGAGACUGGGCAGCGGCUCACUACUAGCAACACCGAUAUUGUACUCUAAUUAAUCACCUACAAAACCAAGUAGGUGUGGAGUUUUAUCACAAAAAUCUUGGUGUUAUUAGGGUGGAACCACUAAUAUAAAUUGUAAUUUUAUUUAGUAAGUUUCGGACGUGGGACUUUUAUAUCUUCAACAAUGGCUUCUUCAUUGGAGAGGAAAAGACAUCCCAAAAUAAAUCAUGUUGAGACUGAGGAUGAAAUUACGAAGGAAGAGGAAGAAGAAAGCUUAUGCUAUGCCUUGCAGUUGGUGGGUUCUUAUGCGCUGUCCAUAUCUCUGCAAUUAGCAAUUGAGCUUGGCGUUUUUGACAUCAUAGCCAAAGAGGGUCCAGGCGCCAAGCUCUCUUCGUCUAAGAUCGCAGCCAAGAUUGGCACCAAGAAUUCUGAGGCACCCAUGAUGAUGGAUAGGAUCCUCAGGCUCCUCACCAGCCACACUGUUCUCCAUUGCUCUCUUGUUGCUGCUAAUGAGGAUGAAAAUGGUGCGUCUGAUUUUCAGAGGGUCUAUAGCCUUGGCCCCGUAUCCAAGUACUUUGUGAAUGAUGAAGAAGGUGGUUCUUUGGUCCCCUUUAUGACAUUGGCUCAAGACAAGGUCGUCAAGGAAACCUGGUCUCAACUGAAAAAUGCAGUUGUUGAAGGAGGAAUUCCAUUUAACAGGGUCCAUGGCAUGCGAAUUUUUGAGUUUCUUGGUUUGGACCCCAGGUUUAAUCAAGUGUUCAACACAGCAAUGUUUAACUACACCACCAUUGUCAUCAAGAAACUUCUUCACAUCUACAAGGGUUUUCAAGACAAGAACCUCACGCAACUUGUUGAUGUUGGUGGUGGCUUUGGAGUGGCCCUUAAUCUGAUCACAUCUAGAUAUCCCCAUAUAAGGGGUAUCAAUUACGACUUGCCCCAUGUCAUAAAUCAUGCUCCUUCCUAUCCGGGUGUGGAACAUGUUGGAGGAGACAUGUUUGCUAGUGUUCCAAGUGGGGAUGGCAUUUUUAUGAAGUGGAUACUUCACGAUUGGAGCGAUGAGCACUGCCUAAAGCUGUUGAAGAAUUGUUACAAAGCUGUUCCAGACAAUGGAAAAGUGAUUGUUGUGGAAGCACUACUUCCAGCUAUGCCAGAUACUAGCACUGCUGUGAAAAGCACUUCCCAACUUGAUGUGAUUAUGAUGACUCAAAAUCCAGGAGGGAAGGAGAGGAGUGAACAAGAAUUCAUGGCCCUGGCAACUGGUGCUGGAUUUAGUGGCAUCAGAUAUGAAUGUUUUGUCUGUAACUUUUGGGUUAUGGAGUUCUUUAAGUAACCAAAGCAUACGAAAACUUACACACUAAAAUGAAGGUGUUAAGUCUCCAAGCCUAAUAAAAGAUUGCCAAAUGUUUCUUA